GCUCGCUUGGGACGACGGAAAGAUCGGUGGGAAUGCCAACGCAUGACGACGAGCAAGAGCUCAAGCUUCUUGCCGACUGGGAACAAGAAGACGACAUACGGGAACUUCGGAACGCUGUGCGGAGGGUGUGUGAGUUUUUCACCGACCAGCUGCGCGAUCAAAGCACCUUGCUUUCGCAAUACGAGCGGAUGUUUGAUGCACACCAUGACGCAUGGGACUUGCUCACCCUUCGACGAGCCAAGUUGAGCUGGUUGGAGCUACACCGGCGUUUGCUGUGGCUCAAGAAUGAACACGUCGAAGCAACUGCAGAUCUCCAGCGAAAGCUCCAGUUACUCAGAGCGUCGCCCACUUCGUCCACCAUCGACGACGAAAAGUCGACCACGACGCUCCCAUCUGCCGACGCGAUCAUUCGGCUGCUGGACAUACUCGAACUUCGCAUGCUGCACCGGUUCUACAACGGCAAUACACGCACAAUGAAGCACGACUUGUAUCCCCAGAGCGAAGACAUCGCCGUGUGGUCUGGGCUCUACUUUGGCAUGCAUGUCGGGAUGAUGGUCGUGCUGUUCAUCUGGGUGGUCUGGGACAGCGUCAUUGACGACUCCAAGAACCACAACUUGUGGGAGUCUUCCGUCAUGGCCGUGUACCGCGCUAUCGGCGUGCUCAUUUUGCUCUUGUGGUGCUGGUGCGUCCAAGUGUACGUGUUCAAUUGGUACAGCAUUCCGUUCCUCGCGAUAUUCGAGUGGAAAGCGACCAAGUCCGUCCAGUUCGUUUCGCUCGUUCGACACGCUGUCUCCAUCACGAUUGCGUACCUCGUCAACUUACUCGUUUACUACAAAGCCGUCCGCGGCGAUAUUCCGCGCCUUGUACCACCAUAUAUCAUUCCGUUUCUCCUGUACGUCGUGCUUCUCGUCAAGCUAGUGUACCCGCUGAAGCAGCGUCGGUCGUUGCUAAUGACCAUGUGGCGAGUCGUGGCCGCGCCAUGGUCCAUCGUGCGGUUCCGGGAGGCGUACGUCGGGGAUGUCUUUACGAGCCUCGUUCGUGUGUUUGUCGACUUGGCGUGGUCCAGCUGCUACUACUUUUCAGGCGCAUUUGUCGAAAUGAAUCCGACCGGCCACGACAUUUGUUCGCAGAGUACAACGUUUCACUGGAUCGUCGUGCCGCUGCUGUCGGCGCUUCCUCUGUGGUGGCGGUUCUGUCAAAAUAUUCGCAAGUACAGGGACACCCACUCUCGGUUCCCAUACAUCCCCAACGCGAUGAAAUACGCAUGCGCGCAAUCGGUCGUGCUCUUUGCCGUGUUUCACCCUCGCUUGAAGCACCCCGACGAUCACAUGACAAUGUACCAGUGGUGGUAUUUGGCCGCCUGCUGCAUCACGACCAUGUACCAGUACGGGUGGGAUAUCUACAUGGAUUGGGGUCUCGGGGGUGCGCGUGGCUUGCGACCGCGACGGUUGUACCCAACAUGGACGUAUUAUGUGGCGAUGGCGGUCGACUUGUUCUUGCGGUUUGGCUGGACGUUGACUUUGAUACCGCCUCAAGGGUAUGGUCCAUUUCCCAGCAACGUCCAGAUUUACCUGGAUCCAAUCUUGGCGUCCGCGGAAGUGUGUCGACGAAGCAUGUGGGGCUUGAUCCGAGUCGAGUACGAGCACACGGUGCGAUUUUCGUCGAGAAACAAGGAUAUCGACGAAGCGAGGCCGUCCCCAGACGAGGACAGCGAUGAAGACGACGACAACCGUGAUGAAAAGUACUCGUUCUGGGUGCUCGUCGAGAUCCUGCUUGUCGUAGCGUUGGUGCUCGUCGUCGCGGCAGUGGCGAUUCUGACUCGAUCACCUGCCGUUCAAGCCACUUAACCGCAUGCAACGUGGAUUGUGCAGUCAAGUCA